AUGCCCGUCCAAACAGGUCCCUCGCUAGUUUACGCCUCGCUCCCUUCCUUUGCCCGAGACUUUAGUGACUCGGCCAAUUACACUUCGAACAACUCGCCGCAGCAAGAAAACCGUUCGCUCUUUACACAUUCGUUGGGGCCUGCUCAAGAGAACAACUUUGCUCCCACAACUGAGCAUCCUAUUUCCUUCGAACAUCGUGAGAGCGUAUCGUCUUCGGGACUUUCAGAGUCAACUGAUUCUUCACCUACGACUACAAUUUCUACCUUUGACACCACAUCCGUGACGGACACAUCGCCGAGCUCUUCGCCUGAGUCGCCCUCAGCUUUGCAAUUGCCCUACCCGAAGUCGAUCAGAAUACCGGAAAUCACAGAAAGAAUGGCCAUGUUUUCAGAGGCGCCAGCUUCUGCCUUGGCUCCGCUGCCAUCAAUGAUCGCUUCUACUACUCGGCCGGUCUCACCGGGAAGACGAGCCCGCAACCUCAAAAAUCUUUCUUUGAAGAUGCCAUGUCAAAUAUCACGACCAGCGAUUUCUACAGCAUCGGUAGUCGAAGCCACGAGUCAGAAUUACUCCGCCCCUCCAUCACCCGUUCACAGACCUGCAAAGACCGCUCGUCGAAAACCCGCAAAUCUCACAAUUCGCACUCCCGCAUUCGAUCAAACCACAUUCGCUCGUGACGUUACAGACAUUAUUCCCCCUACUCCAAGCAUUCCGCAGCGCUCUCUUCGACAUUUCGAAUCAUCACCUUCAUUAUCUAUCUUUUCUCCGACCGCCGCCCCAUUGAAUGGUAUGCAGCUACCUAGACCUGUUACACAGGAUGGCACUCCUUUGAUGCCUGGCAGCUGGCAAGAAUCUCCACAUCCUUCUCGACAAUCACAAGCUAUUUCUGGUACUAGUCUGCAGCAAGUGACGGAGGAAGAUGAUUAUCACCUCGAUUCACGAGAAUCGACCAAACGUACUGAACAAAGUUACCCUGAUGGACCAAUAAAAAUCUACGACUCUGGAGUCUAUCUAUAUUUGGAACCUACACGAGAAGAAGCUUCAAAAUUUGAUGUGGUUAUCAAUGUAGCCAAGGAGGUUUUGAACCCCUUUGCUGACGACAUAGAGGCUAAACCAGAAACUGUCGUCUCAACCCUCAGACGGCCUGUGUCUCUUGCCAAGAGGCUGUCGAUGGCCGAGCCAAUGACUGCUAUCUCUGAAGAAUCUUUUCAUUCUGCGUUUGAAUCUUUACCCUCGGAAUCCAACAGUCCUACCACACCAAAGGUCGAGAAGAGUUCAACACCAGAAUACAUACAUGUGCCAUGGGAUCAUAAUUCAGAGAUUCUAGAAGACUUGGCAACAUUAUGCCAAUUGGUUGACAGUCGAAUCAACCAGGGAAAAUCCGUCUUGAUUCAUUGUCAGCUAGGAGCAAGUAGAUCGGCUUCUUUGGUCAUCGCAUAUGGCUUAUAUAAGAAUCGAGACCUUGAUUUCAAUGACAUGUACAGCAUUGUCAAGGGCAAGAGUCGCUGGGUUGGACCAAACAUGAGUUUAAUCUAUCAGUUGACUGAUUUCCGAUCUCGAGUACAACGUGACGAACCAGUCAAGGCGCCAAACCCAGACUGGUUCAAAACACCACAUUUGUCUCGGCCAGUUCAACAGGAUUCGUUGCCUGCAUCUGUUGAGAAGGAGACUUCUGAGCUAGCACCGGUACAGCAAGUCGAAAGUCAGGUACAACCGACCCCGUCUACGAUAUCAGAAAUGAUUUUUUCUCCGAUGCAAACCACCUUUACGAAACCCUUUGUCAAACCAUUUCCUCCACUGCAGAAGCAACAUAGUUCCAACGGUCGGGGACUAUUACCACGGCCAUUGCCGCUUCGAGAGAAAUACCCGAGUUCCGAGUCUUUGGCCAAGCCUGUCAACAAACAUGAGACACGACAAGUCUCACAUAUUCGUUAUCCGACAGUUCAAAUGGAUCUCGUGAUGCAAGACGUUCCUUCGUCGCCGUCAAUACUAUCUCCCCGAGCGGCUCCUUACAUGUGUUCAUCCAUUUCACGGACUCUUGCCGGAGACUUGGCAGGAGACGCUCCUGUGACGUUAGGGUUUGGGCAGUCAUUAUUCGAUCCUCGAUCUCCACCCCAGCGACAAGAAUUAUUGAUUACACGAAGCAUUGACGAAGUUUUAUAA